CGGCACUCCUCGACUUGCUGAGACGGCCAGAUGGAACUGCAAGCAGCCUCGAACGGCAUCUGCACCUUCCCUGUACGGCUGCAGGGCGACGACCAGAGCUUGCGGGCAGCUCUCGGCAGGGCGGGCGACGAGAUCGUCCUCGUCGCGGCGGAGCAAAGCGUGCGGGCACGGCGCGAGUCGCCGAGUGCGCCCAUAGCACGGCUGAGCGUACUUGUCGCCGAGGACCCGUUCCCGGGCUUGACCAUGGACGGCCGACAGAUGAUCUGGGUCAAGGACUACUCGGAGAACGCGGGCUUGCUCGAGCAGUUGGAGGAGGCGGGGGCCUUGCGUCGAACAGGGUCGACGAUCCCGCAGGGGCUCGUCAGGCUACCGCUUGCCGUCGUCGUCCUCAACGAGCGCGAAAUGGCGCAGCGGUGCGCGCUCGAGGGCUGCGACGAGGUCGAGUCGGUCGAGACGACCGAGCGGUACAAGCGCUGCAGCUCGUGCAGCCGGCGAUACUAUUGCUCGACAGAGCAUCAACACGCACAUUGGCCACGACACAAGCAGGACUGCAAGGACCUCGCCGCCGGCCGCUUCACGCAGGUCGAGAUGAGGCGCCGAGCUCAAGACGAGCUGCCGCCCCGCGAGCACGAGUAGCGCCGUUUCGUCGUCGUCGAGGAAUGCCAGCCGCGUUGCUCGAAG